ACCACCAUGUCCUUAUUUCUGACAAUCCUCUUAUUCAUUGGCAUUAACCUAGCAUCCAUCACCGCCGGUGACGAUCAUCACCGGUUCGUCUACAAUGGCUUCGCCGGUGCAAACCUCUCCCUCGGCGGCACGGCCAAGGUGACUCCAGAUGGCCUGGUUGAGCUCACCAACGAUGGCGUCCGGGUGAAAGGCCAUGCGCUGUACCCGUCUCCUCUGCGCUUCCGCGAGUCUCCCAAUGGCAUGGUGCGAUCGUUCUCUGCCUCCUUCGUCUUCGGCAUCGUCCCCACCUUCUCCGACCUGAGCAGCGGCCAUGGCAUCGUCUUCUUCGUUGCGCCGAGCAAGAAUUUCUCGGAUGCGAUCGCAGCACAGUACUUUGGUCUCUUCGGUAACCAGACCGGUGGCAAUGGCGGCGGCGGUCAGGUCUUCGCGGUGGAGCUCGACACCAUCCAGAACAGAGAGCUUGGGGACAUGAACGGCAAUCAUGUCGGGAUCGACAUCGGUAGACCCAACUCUCUCCUAUCCCAUCCUGCCGGUUUCUACGACGACGACGGCAUGUUCCAGAGCUUGACGCUCACCUCCAUGGAGGCUAUGCAAGUGUGGGUGGAUUAUGGCAGAGACACUACUCAGAUCAACGUCACCAUGGCUCCUGCUGGCAUGCCCAGACCUGCAGUGAGGCCAUUGCUGUCUGCUACCUACAACCUUUCAGGGUUGCUCAUGGAGCCUGCAUAUGUCGGCUUCUCUUCCUCCACGGGCGCAGCAAGCGCGCGGCACUACCUUCUUGGCUGGAGCUUCAGCAUCAAUGGACCACCUGCUCCGGCCAUCGACAUUGCCAAGUUGCCCAAGCUACCUCGUCGUGUUCUCCCGAAGGCCGGUCCAUCUUCCAAGAUGUUGCCAAUCAUCUUGCCAGUAGCCAUUGCUGCAUUCCUCUUGGUUGUGGGCACUGCUAUUUCUCUCCUUGUGCGAAGGCGUAUGAGGUAUGCCGAGUUGCGAGAAGAUUGGGAGGUCGAGUUUGGGCCACACCGCUUCACAUACAGGGAUCUGUUCCAUGCCACUGAAGGGUUUGAUGACAAGAAUUUGUUAGGUAUAGGAGGUGCCGGAAGGGUAUACAAGGGGAUUCUUGUAGGGUCCAAACAAGAGAUCGCGGUGAAGAAGAUACCACACAAUUCGAAGCAAAGCAUGAAACAGUUUAUAGCGGAGAUUGUUAGCAUAGGCCGCCUUCAGCACCGCAAUCUUGUUCGCCUCCUUGGGUAUUGCCGACGUAAAGGUGAAUUGCUUUUGGUGUACGAGUAUAUGCCAAAUGGUAGCCUUGAAAACCACUUAUAUGGUCAAGAUGAUACGUGCAAUUUGGAUUGGAAGCAAAGAUUUCAAAUCAUCAAAGGAGUUGCAUCCGGUUUGCUUUAUCUCCAUGAAGAAUGGGAGAAAGUAGUGAUUCACCGAGAUGUGAAGCCAAGUAACAUACUUCUCGACAAUGGCAUGAAUGGAAAGAUAGGUGACUUUGGCCUUUCAAGGCUACAUGAUCAUGGAGCCGAUCCAGAGACCACACAUGUUGUUGGCACCAUAGGUUACUUAGCUCCAGAGAUAGCUUUAACGGGCAAGGUGACCCCACUAGCUGACGUGUUUUCCUUUGGCAUAUUAGCCCUAGAGGUUACAUGUGGGCAGAAACCAAUGAAGCAAAAUGCACAAGGCAUCCAACAAACAUUGGUUGAUUGGGUGCUUGUGCAUUGGCACAAAGGAUCACUUGUUGAUGCAGUAGAUGCCAACCUCCAAGAUGACUAUGAUAUUGAUGAAGCAAGUUUAGUGCUAAAACUAGGAUUGAUAUGUUCACAUCCAUCUGAAAGCUUGAGGCCAAAUAUGCGUCAGGUGAUGCAGUAUCUAAAUGGUGACAUGCCACUGCCGGAAACUAUUUUAACACACCCAGGCUUUGGCAUGUUUCACUUGAUGCAGGAGAGAGUCUCCAACUUGUAUGUCAUGUCAUAUCCAUCACAAGUCUCUGUCAUAUGCCUUGGACCUUUAUGCGUAUCAGUAUUGUGUAGUAGUGAGGCUGGAAGUUUCGUCUUCUCCGGCUUCACCGGCAGCAGCCUCGCCCUCGACGGCGCCGCAGCCGUCACGGAAGACGGGCUCCUCGAGCUCACCAAUGGCGCCGACAACGUCAAGGGCCAUGCUUUCUACCCAGCUCCGCUGCGCCUCCGCGACUCGCCGAACGGCACGGUGCGGUCCUUCUCGGUUUCGUUCGUGUUCAGCAUCCUCUCCAAAUACGCCGACCGGAGCACCGACGGCAUGGCCAUGUUCAUAGCCCCAGACAAGAACCUCUCCGACGCACUCCCCGCGCAGUACCUGGGCCUCCUCAACGACCGCAACAAUGGCGACAGCAGCAACGACCUGUUCGCCGUCGAGCUCGACACCAUCCAGAACAAGGAGGUUGCAGACAUGGAUGACAACCAUGUCGGGAUCAACGUCAACAGCCUGAGCUCCCUGGAUGCACACUAUGCUGGGUUCUAUGAAGACGAGAGUGGCAUCAUCAUCUUCAGGAAUCUGACUCUUGUGGCCCAGGAGGCAAUGCAGGUUUGGCUUGAUUACGAUGGUGUUGCCAAGAGGAUUAAUGUCGCAUUGGCUCCUGCCAAAUUGGCCAAACCCCAAAGGCCUCUACUGUCAGUCAGCUAUGACCUCUCAAUGGUGAUUGCAGAUCCAGCUUACAUCGGUUUCUCUGCUGCAACUGGAGGUGUGGCCAACACAAAACACUGUGUUCUUGGCUGGAGCUUCAGGAUGAAUGGCCCUGCUCAACCUAUUGAUGUCUCCAGGCUGCCCAAGCUGCCAAAUCUUGGCAGCAAGUCUCGUUCUUAUAAGAUCUUGGCAAUCAUCUUGCCAUUGGCAACUGUUGUUGUGUCGAUUUCUGCUGCUGGUGUUCUCCUUGUUCUCUGUGUACGGAGGCGGCUCAUGUACAGAGAGAUUCAGGAAGAUUGGGAGGUUGAGUUCGGUCCGCAUCGUUUCUCGUACAAGGAUCUGUAUGAUGCAACUCAAGGAUUCAAGGAUAAGUGCCUACUUGGCGUCGGAGGAUUCGGGAAGGUGUACAAAGGAGUUCUCCCGGUUUCUAAACAAGAGGUUGCGGUGAAGUGUGUUUCCCAUGAGUCGAGCCAAGGUAUGAAGGAGUUUGUCGCCGAGAUUGUCAGCAUCGGCCAACUUCGGCACCGUAACCUUGUGCAGCUGCUCGGCUAUUGCAGGAGAAAAGGUGAGCUCCUUCUGGUCUAUGACUACAUGCCAAAUGGUAGCCUUGACAACUACCUGUAUUGUCAUGAUGUGAGUGAACCAACAUUGGAUUGGGCACAGAGAUUUCACAUCAUCAAAGGUGUCACGUCGGGCCUGCUCUACCUACACGAGAAAUGGGGCAAGAUUGUGAUCCACCGAGACAUUAAGGCGAGCAAUGUGCUUCUCGACAGAGAUAUGAAUGCACGGCUAGGCGACUUCGGCCUCUCGAGAUUGUAUGAUCAUGGAGCUGACCCACAAACUACCCACUUGGUAGGCACAAUGGGGUACCUAGCCCCAGAGCUAGUAUUCACUGGCAAGGCAUCUCCAGUCACAGACGUUUUCGCCUUUGGAGUAUUCCUUCUUGAACUCACUUGUGGACGGAGGCCAAUCAGCAAUAGUUUACAAGAUAAUCAACAGCAGCCAAUGCUGGUUGAUUGGCUCCUUGAGCACUGCCAGAAAGGAUUACUGCAUGAGACAGUAGACAGAAGAUUGCAGGGCAACCACAGCGUUGAUGAGGCAUGUCUAGUGCUGAAGCUGGGUCUGUUGUGCUCUCACCCAAUCGCCAUGGAAAGGCCUACCAUGAGUCAAGUCCAGAGGUACCUCGACGGCGACGUGCCGCUGCCGGAGCUGGCACCGGCGGAGCUCAAGUUCAACAUGGUGGCGCUCAUGCAGGGUCAAGGAUUCGACUCCUAUGUAAUGCCAUGCCUGUCGUUGUCGUCGGUGGUGAGCGCUGAAACCUCACCCAAGCUAGACGAUGACCAUGACACUGUUAGUGUUUGAUGUUAUUGCAAAUUCAAUUCAUCCGUAAUCGGUUGAGGCGGGUUGAAUUGUAUUACUGCAAAAGUAAAUAUGGAUAUUAUGUUCAAAUUGAAAUCACAUCUAAUU